CGGAAAUCAAACCAAACCAAACCCCCAUUUCCCAAAUCCCAACGAUAACAUUUUGAUUUCAUGGUUUCAAAAAUCAAAAUUGCAGCUUUCUUCAUUCAUUUCUUGCAUUCCCUUCUCCAAUCUCCAUUCUCAUUCAACCUUUUUCUUUUCAUCUUCUUCGCCAUUCUUUCUCCUUCACAUAGCAUAAUUUCCCGACAGUAAAAAAUCAAGCGAAAAUGGGGGUAAAAAAUAUGUGGGAUAUCUUGGAAUCCUGCAAGAAAACCUUACCGCUUCACCAUCUCCAGAAUAAGAGGGUGUGCAUAGACCUGUCAUGUUGGAUGGUGCAGCUUCAAAAUGUGAACAGAUCACAUUGUGCAAUGAAAGAGAAGCUUUAUUUGAGGGGUCUUUUUCAUCGAGUGAGGGCGCUUAUUUCUUUGAAUUGCAGUGUUAUUUUUGUCACUGAUGGAGCUAUCCCGGCCAUCAAAAUCUCUACGUACAGAAGGCGCUUAAAUUCAGUAAAUGAGGUUACACAAGAUGAUGUAGACAGACAGAAAGUUACUUCCCUUCGAAGAAAUAUGGGCUCUGAAUUCUCUUGUAUGAUCAGAGAGGCGAAAAACCUCGGCAAGGCGCUUGGCAUUCCUUGCUUAGAUGGGAUUGAGGAAGGCGAAGCACAAUGUGCUUUACUAAACUCGGAAUCACUUUGUGAUGGAUGUUUCACAUCUGAUUCAGAUGUCUUCCUUUUUGGUGCAAGAACUGUGUAUAGAGAUAUAUGCCUUGAUAAAGGAGGAUACGUUGUUUGCUACGAAAUGAAUGACAUAGAGAAAAAGCUUGGACUCGGGAGGCACUCACUGAUUGCCCUUGCCCUUCUUUUAGGAAGUGAUUACUGUCAUGGAGUUCGUGGGUUUGGACCAGAUAAGGCAUGCCAGAUUGUUAGAUCUGUUAGCGAAGAUGUUGUUCUUCAACGUGUUGCUUCAGAGGGUUUAUCUUUUUUGAAGUCACUGAAAACCUCGAGGAAAAAUGGGAAAGCUUCUGAACGCCCUGGGAAAGAGAACUUUCCAGAUCCCCAAAUACAGGCUACUGGAGAUAACCCCCCUCUAGAAAAAGAUUAUGAAGUAUUGCCAGUAAUCGAGGCAUAUAUGAAGCCAGAGUGUCACUCAGCAGAUUCAGAUCCUGUAUAUAGGGUCCUCGCUGUGCAUCCUUUUCAGCGUGCUGAGCUUCAGGAGCUUUGUUCUAAGUUCUUUGGAUGGCCUCCUGAAAAAACAGAUGAGUAUAUCCUUCCAAGGAUUGCUGAAAGAGAGCUGCGGAAAUUUGCCAAUUUGCGGUUGUCUUCCUCACAGUUAGGAGUUGCACUUCCAUUGCACUCGAUGCCAGUAAAAUGUCCUAUAUCUGAAGUUGUAAAGCACAGAAAAGUUCAAGGUAGAGAAAGUUUUGAGGUUUCAUGGGAAGAUUUUGAUGGCCUUGAAACAUCCAUCGUACCAGCUGAUCUUGUACAGAGAGCUUGUCCUGAGAAGAUUGCAGAAUUCGAGGAGAGGAAACUUCAGAAAAAGAAACAGAAUCGCCGUAAACCAAAACCAAAAAACUCAGACAACAUGUCCUCUGUGGCCAAUGUUGAUGCAAAACUCCAAAGCUUGUUACUUGACAUCGAGUCUGAGGACAACAAAAGAUUCAACAAUCCAACCUCGAAACAUAACAACAACAACGACAACAACAACAACAGUAGACCAAAGAAAUCAGAAGAGGAAGUUUCUAGAACAACGGAUAAUUCAAGAACUGAAAACCCGUUGAUUGAAAUCGAUUCUGAGGACAAUGCAACAUACAAAUUAACCUCAUGUUACAGCACAUCAGAAUCAGGAAGCAGUAUUGAGGACUUAACAGUUUCGGACAAGUUUCUGUAUGAAGAAUAUGACAGCAACAUUGUGAUUGAUGUUCCAACUAGUAUGGAAGUUUCUAGAACUGGAAAUGACCCGUGUGUUGAACUUCCGAUCCAUCAACACACGGGUUUAAGAACUGAAAUCCCGUUGAUUGAAAUCGAUUGUGAGGACAAUGCAGCAACAUACAAAUUAACCUCAUGUUACAGCACAUCAAUUUCAGGAAGCAGUAUUGAGGACUUAACAGUUUCUGACAAGUUUCUGGAUGAAGAAUAUGACAGCAACAUUGUGAUUGAUGUUCCAACUAGUAUGGAAGUUUCUAGAACUGGAAAUGACCCGUGUGUUGAACUUCCGACCCGUGGUUUAAGAACUGAAAACCCGUUGAUUGAAAUCGAUUUUGAGGACAAUGCAAGUUACAAAUUAACAGUUUCUGACAAGUUUCUGGAUGAAGAAUAUGACAGCAACAUUGUGAUUGAUGUUCCAACUAGUAUGGAAACUGAUGUGAUUGAUCUUUUGAGCCCGUCUCCUUUAUUAAGGACACGGUACGUGUCAAAGUGUCAAACUAUUGUAGAACAAGUUAGUGUUAUUGAUCUGAGUGAUUCAGAGAUGGAAAUAUCGCCUGAUCAUGCUCGGAAAGCACGAGAACUCAGACUGUUCCUGAGUAGUAUCAGAUGACAGAUAUCAUGAAAAUUUGAAAAUUGAUUCGUUGAGAAAAUUGUUAUGCAAAUGAGAGAAUGUGAAUGUAUAUUAAUCUGUAUUCUCCUUUGUUUAAUCUCUUGGUUGUAUGUAUUUAUAUUGUGUUAAUCAUAAGGUUUGCUUAAUGAUCAUUAGGCUAGCUUCUUUGGAUUAAUUGUAAUUUCGGAAUAUUAAUUGUAAUUCGGGAAUAUUCAAUAUAAAUUCCCUUGAUCGCCACAUGUUUA